GCUGCUUUGACGAUAUCAUGCUCAAAAGUCAGCUCGUGAUGUGUCGAUGGUUGAUUUCUCUGGUCUUGUUCCACAACUCUCAAACAUUGCACACGCAACUGGGUGGAGAGACUGUUUCUGCUUGCUACCAACAUAGCUAGUGCAAGUUGAUGCAACAACGAGCAAAGUGUUGGAACUGUACGGUCUCUGGGACAACUGGUCCCAACAAAGAUUAGAAAUAUGGGCUUCGUUACCCUUGAAACGAAAACAAGAGCCACUUUUUGCGAAACUGGUAGUUGUUGACUACGCUGUGGACGAAUACUGGUUUCAUUGAAUGGUGUAAUACGUGAGUUAUUUGGAGUUUAAAAUGUGUGAGAUGGUGGGUUUAUCGAAAGCCUCGUUGUCCAGGAGAACAAGAUGGCAGCAUUGCAGGCAGACUGAGCAUGGUGUAUGGCCUCAAAUGUUGGUGUACCCACCACAUGUUUAUCAAACACAAACAAGUGCCUUUUGCAGUGUGAAGAAGCAGAGUUGAGCUCAACAGCUGUUUUCUUUAUGAGUGGAUCCUGUAGACCUAUAUAAUUGGAGUAAACCUUGGCAUUGCCCAGCCUACCAAUAUCCUCCAUUUAAGACAAACAUCAUCAUCUUGUAGACCCCUGAGUGGACAGGACUUAUCUUUGCAGGCAGCUGCAUCCCUGAAAGUACACAGUGAGUUGCGCCAAAAACACCUCAGACCCAGGGCCAGGGUCUCCCCUAUCAAGGCAACGGUCCAGAGAAGCCGGAACAGCAGUGGAGCUACAGGGGCAGUCAGACUGGGUAGAGGGGACUGUGGCCAGAGAAGCAGCAGUGAAGGAGGUGAGGAGAUAGAAGAGAGCGGGGGAGGUUUGAACUCGUUGAAAAUCCCCCUGCAAUGUGGGCUGAAACGUCAGGGUGAGCGCCCGGAGAACAGUGGGAAAGCCAUGCAGAUAGUGGAGGAAGUUUCCAUGAUACCUGCCAUGUUGCAAACUAACAUGGGGAACACGAAUACGGUGGGGGGAGUGCCUCCCAAACAGAAUGGGGGAGGGGCUGGGGCUCGUAAUGUGGUCGGGGAUGGGGACUACCAGUUGGUGCAGCACGAGGUCUUGUGCUCCAUGAAGAACACUUACGAGGUGCUGGAGUUCCUGGGCCGCGGUACCUUCGGACAGGUGGUGAAGUGUUGGAAGCGGGGCACAGGGGAGGUCGUGGCCAUCAAGAUCCUAAAGAACCACCCAUCGUAUGCACGACAGGGCCAGAUAGAGGUGGGCAUCCUUGCCCGUCUGAGUGGCGAGAACGCGGAUCAGCAUAACCUGGUGCGGGCCUUUGAGUGCUUCCAGCACCGCAGCCACACCUGCCUGGUGUUUGAGAUGCUUGAGCAGAACCUCUAUGACUUUCUCAAGCAGAACAAGUUCAGCCCGCUGCCGUUGAAGGUGAUCCGGCCGGUCUUGCAGCAGGUGGCCACAGCCCUGAAGAAGCUCAAGAGCCUGGGCCUGAUCCACGCUGACCUGAAGCCGGAGAACAUCAUGCUGGUGGACCCGGUGCGGCAGCCUUACCGGGUGAAAGUCAUCGACUUUGGCUCGGCCAGCCACGUGUCCAAAGCUGUGUGUUCCACGUACCUGCAGUCACGCUACUACAGGGCUCCAGAGAUCAUCCUGGGCCUGCCGUUCUGUGAGGCCAUCGACAUGUGGUCCCUGGGCUGUGUCAUCGCUGAGCUCUUCCUGGGCUGGCCCCUCUACCCAGGAGCACUGGAGUAUGACCAGAUUCGCUACAUAUCUCAGACACAAGUGUUGCCAGGGGAGCAACUGCUAAACGUGGGGACCAAGACAUCCCGCUUCUUCUGCAAAGAGUCUGACUCGCCUUACGCUGCCUGGAGACUAAAGACGACAGAGGAGCAUGAGACUGAGACUGGGAUGAAAUCCAAAGAGGCCAGGAAGUACAUUUUUAGCAGUCUGGAUGACAUAGCACAUGUGAAUCUGGUGCUGAAUAUGGAGGGCAGUGACUCGCUGGCGGAAAAGGCAGACCGGAAGGAGUUUGUGAGCCUGCUGAAGACCAUGUUGCUGAUCGAUGCUGAGAAGAGGAUCUCUCCCUCAGAUGCCCUAAAGCAUCCCUUUGUCACCAUGCAGCACCUUCUUGACUUCCCCCACAGCAAUCAUGUUCAAUCGUGUUUCCACAUCAUGGAUGCCUGUCAAUCACGGCCCAACGCAUACGAUACACUCAACUGCAACAAAGCACCGUUCCACAGACCCUCAACCAACUCAGCUGGACUGCAAAUGGCCUUCAAUAAAAUGGGAUCGGUUCACUCCCAGGCUUUGACGCAAUCUGCUCCCUCUGUGAUGCAUCCUGGGAUGCUGCAGACAGGAAAUGGUCAGUUUGGGUGUAACGACUCCUUUCAGCCAGCCCUCAUCCUUUGCCCCCCAACCAUUCAAGGUAACCCAAACCAAUCAGGAUAUGCAGUUCGGAUGGAGAACACAAUACCAAUGGUGAACCAAGCCCCUCCCAUACAGCCUUUGCAGAUGCGACCUGGAAUUAUGGCACAACAACCGUGGUCAAGUAGAGGCCAGCAAAUCCUGGUACCAGCCUGGCAACAAGUGGCUCCUCCUACCACCACUAUGGCUUCUGACACUGUGGCUGGCCCACAGAGGCUCAGUGACUGGGGGAAAGUACGGCAACACAGCAAUCAUUACACCAACAUGAUGCAGCCUCUUCUAACCAACCAAAUUACCAUGUCUGGUCCACAACCAAUCAACAUUGGCAUUGCACACGUGGUGUGGCCACAGCCGCACGCCAACAAGAGGAACCGGCCCAGUCAGAACAGGAGCAUGAGCUACUCACACAACAACAGGGACAUCCAAAUCUCAAUGUGCCGCUCUCCAAAGAUGGCCGACCGCGUUAGUCACACAGGAGGAGGAGAUUGUUCCCAUCGGGAGAGGCCUGUGGAGGUUCAGCAGGAAAGACGACAUGAAGAAGAGGAGGUGAGCUGCUGUAAGGCAGUGGAGGAGGAGAGGAUAGACAUGUCCCACCAGCAGCGAGAGUCUGUGGUCAUCGACGACCUGCCCAGCCCCACCCUCAGCGUCAUCAGUAUCAGCAGUGACACGGACGGGGAGGAGGAUUCCUCCUGCAGGUGCAAAGGCGGCUCUGACUGCGAGGCUUGUAAGGGCUCUCUGAACAUCGAGAGGGUGUGCUCCCUCAGCAGCCCAGACAGCACCCUCAGCACAAGCUCCUCUGCCUCGGUGCAGUCCAGCCCGUCCCCCUGCAAGAGGCCCAACAGCAUGUCUGAGGAUGAUGGUCAUGGGAGCGGCUGUGAGACGGUAGACGGUUCCCCCGCCUCGGACUCCAGCCAGAGCCACAGCCCCUACCUGGAGAGCCGCUACCUAGGCAACCACAACCACCAGUCCCUGGGUAUGACGACGCACAGCAUGGACCCCGAGAACGAGCCCAGCAAGCUCCCUGUGAGAACCAUGGUGGUGCCCCCUAUGAGGGUGGUGCAAAAUAACAACAACAUGGACCAGCACACAGCCAGAACGGUCUUCGGAUCCGCAUGCCAGUCCAAAGGGCGUUGCGCCCCCAGACGACUGAACCACCACUCCACGCCUCUCCAUCCUCAGCAGCAACAGAAGAUGACCGCAUUCCAGCAGCAGCCCCUGGGCUUUGGCCAGGUCCAGCAUUACGGCUCCUGCAACAAGGAGUGGAACGGAAACUAUGGGCAGCACCGGCGGCCGCACGCUUACAUCCCUCCCACGGUGCACGGCCACGCGUUCACCCUCUCCCACAGCAGCCCCACCCACAACUCGGGGCACCACCCACAGGCCGCCCUACUCUCCUAUCCUCCCUCAGCGCCCGUCGCCCACCUUUUGGCCUCGCCCUGCGCCCAGCGGCCCGUCCUACAGCCCACCUACGGCAUUGUCCACCAGGUGACCAUGGGCAUCAACCACCGGCUGCUGCCCUCGCCCACCAUCCACCACCAGGGCCAGUACAAGCCCCUCUUUCCCCCACACUCCUACAUCGCCUCGCCCGCCUAUACAGGUUUUCCCCUCAGCCCCACCAAACUCAACCAGUACCCUUACAUCUAAGAACCAGCCACCCAGGGCCAUGGGCCAGCAGGGGCAGCCAGCAUUGACCACUACAACCAAGGCCUUCGUCUGUCAUCUCUAAAGUUAUGACAGAUAAAGAACCCCCCCCUCCCCCCUUUGACUUUUACAAAUCAUGUUGGUUGAUGGUGAUGAUAAUAGAAUUGAAACCGUAAGCUUUAAAAAACAAACAAACAAAAAAACAUCAGGAAAAAAUAAUGAUUUCAUGAAUGAUUUAAGAAAUUCUCACUUUUAAUGUGUUUUUGCACAUUUGCUCUACUUUGUCAUUUGGAUCGAAUGGUUAUCCCUAUGAAAUGGGUAAAAUGGAGGGGAUUGAGGUUAUUUUCUCAACCCCCUUUCUCCCGUUUUUCUAUAUUGCCUUCUAUCUAGCAUGUGUGCUAAUCACAUCACUCGUUAAGCCAUCCCAGUCUCCAGUGCUAGGACAGCAGAUGUGUGUCUCCGUUCGUUUGUUGGUUCAUUGUGGUGUAAAGGUGUUACUGUGUGUUUCCUAAUGUCCUCUGUGUUUACAGUGUGUACCGUCUGUGGUCUGAAAAGGUUGUUCCACGCGCUGCAUUGAUGUCGCAUGGGCAAAAUAACUUAGUCGAGUCGUUGACUGAUGCUUAGAUGUCACUCUUUCUAUGUGUACUGUGAGACUUGCUGCAUCGUAACCUGUUCCCACACCUACUAGUGCCUUAAAUAUAUGAGAUUGUUAAUGUUACUUAUCUCAUGUGUAUAUGUAUAUGUGUAUAUAUAUAUAUGUGUGUAUGUAUAUAUAUAUAUGUGUGUAUAUGUA